GGCCCGCGCGCCUAAACUCCAUAUAGCGUCCAUCCUGGGAGACGUCUCUCACCGUGCACUGUCAACUCCGCUGCUGAGCCGCAUUUUAACGCUUUUAACCAGAUUUUACCUCAUUGUUUUUAAAUCUGUGGAUCACAAUGCCCACCAGAACCUCCCUGUCUUUGCCAGAAGAUGUCAAGAAAAGGUUGCAGGUGCUGGAAGAGGACGGGUCUUCAGGCGAGGAUCACGUUAAGGAGAAGUUGGAGUUGGUGCAUGACUUCUUGCAUGUGGACACCAAGGAUGUUUUGACCGGCCUGGAGAAACAGCUGAAAAGUGCAGAGAUCACAAAGGAUGAUUAUAUCACAAAAGUGAAGUCCUUAUUAAAGAAGGAACUUCUAGAAAAUGGCUCUGUUGGUGAGCAGAAUGGGAAGAAUGGUUUCUCAAAUGGCUCCCAUGAAGAAGUCGAUAUGGAUACACAGGAUCAGGAGGAGGAGGCCUUUAAGUCACCAACUUCUAAAGGAAAAGGUGGCCGCAAGAGUAAAGUCAACUCUGACACUAAAAAGUCUCCUGCCAGAGCUACGAGAAACAGUGGAAAACAGCAAACCAUCUCAUCAAUGUUCUCCAAAGUCCCAAAGCGCAAGUCAGAAGACUUGAAUGGAGAUGCCACAAAUGGAAAAGAUGAAGCAAUAAAACAAGAAGUGGAUGAUGAGGAAGAGGUCCAUGAGGAGAAGCGCCUCAAAGUGGACUCCAAUGACAAAGCUGCUGCAGAAGAGCCCAAAGUUGAGACCGCUAAAGCAGUUGCAACUGCAAAGACUCCUCCUCCCAAAUGUCCAGACUGCAGGCAGUUCUUGGAUGACUCGGAUCUGAAGUUCUUUCAAGGCGAUCCAGACAAUGCGCUUGAGGAACCAGAGAUGCUGACUGAUGAGCGCCUUUCCCUCUUUGACGCCAACGAAGACGGCUUUGAGAGCUAUGAAGACCUUCCGCAGCACAAGAUCACAAAUUUUAGCGUUUAUGACAAGCGCGGUCACCUUUGUCCGUUUGACUCCGGACUGAUCGAGAAGAAUGUCGAGCUUUACUUCAGUUGUGUGGUCAAGCCCAUUUAUGAUGACAAUCCUUGCAUGGAUGGUGGCGUUCCUUCCAAGAAGCUUGGACCCAUCAACGCCUGGUGGAUCACAGGCUUUGACGGAGGAGAGAAAGCACUUAUCGGCUUCACAACAGCAUUUGCCGACUACAUCUUGAUGCAGCCCAGCGAGGAGUAUUCCUCCAUCUUUGCACUCAUGCAGGAGAAGAUCUACAUGAGCAAGAUUGUGGUUGAAUUCCUUCAGAAAAACCAUGACGCUACUUAUGAAGACCUUCUCAACAAGAUUGAGACGACAGUGCCCCCUGCUGGCCUCAACUUCAACUGCUUCACUGAAGACACGCUUCUCCGCCACGCUCAGUUUGUGGUUGAGCAGGUGGAAAGCUAUGAUGAAGCCGGCGACCGAGACGAGCAGCCGAUCAUCGUCACUCCCUGCAUGAGGGACUUGAUUAAGCUCGCUGGUGUCACCCUGGGGAAGAGCACGCUGCUGUACUGGCGUGCUGCCAGGAGACAAGCUAUCCGCCACCCGACUAAGAUCGAGAAGGACAGCAAGGGCCCGACAAAAGCCACGACCACCAAACUUGUGUAUCAGAUCUUUGACACCUUCUUCUCCGAACAAAUCGAGCAGGAUGAUAAAGAGGGUGGCGCUCUGAAACGACAGCGCUGUGGUGUCUGUGAGGUGUGUCAGUCUCCUGACUGUGGCAAGUGCACAGCCUGCAAGGACAUGAUCAAGUUUGGAGGAAGUGGCAAGAGCAAGCAGGCGUGCAAGCAAAGAAGAUGUCCGAACUUGGCCGUGAAGGAGGCUGAAGAUGAUGAGAACGUGGAAGAGGAAGAUGUCCGUGUUGAGAAACCCAAAAAGGUUUCUCAAGUCAAGAGGAAGAAGCAGACGCAGUGCAAGCUCACGUGGAUUGGGGAGCCCAUCAAGGCUGUGGGUAAGAAGCAGUACUACGGAAAGGUCUGUGUGAAUGAUGAGGAGCUGGAGGUGGGAGACUGCGUCUCCGUGUCAUCAGAGGAUCCGUCUACUCCACUCUACCUGGCAAAGAUCACGUCUCUGUGGGAGGACAACAAGGAGAAGAUGUUUCAUGCUCACUGGUUCCUCCGUGGAACCCAGACUGUGCUGGGAGAAUCGUCUGACCCGCUGGAGCUGGUCGUGGUGGAUGAGUGCGAGGACAUGCAACUGAAUUAUGUGCAAGGCAAAGUCAACGUCACGUACAAGGCGCCAUCGGACAACUGGUUCAUGGAGGGAGGAAUGGACGACGACAUCAAAGUAAUUGACGACGACGGCAAAAGUUUCUUCUAUCAGUUUUGGUACGACACAGACUACGCGCGUUUCGAGACGCCCCCGAAGACCACGCCCACUGCGGACUGCAAGUUCUGCUGCAGUUGUGUCCGCAUUCAGGAGCGCGAGGAGCAGGCCGUACCACGCGUGUUGGAGCCGCUGGACGAAGACAGUGACUCCAAGAUUCUGUACGCGCUCGCCAUGUUUCAAGGAGAGCAGUUCAGGGUGGGGGAUGGGGUCUAUCUGCCGCCGGAUGGUUUCAGUCUCAGUGUGAAACCUUCCAGUCCAGUCAAGCGCUCCCACAGGAAGGAGGACGUGGAUGAAGACUUGUACCCUGAAUAUUACAGGAAGUCAUCGGACUACAUUAAAGGCUCCAACCUAGAUGCUCCAGAACCGUUCCGCGUCGGCCGUAUUAAGGAGAUCUUCUGUCACCGUCGGAGCAACGGCAAGUCUGACUUGUCAGAUGUCAAACUGAGACUCUUCAAACUGUACAGGCCCGAGAACACUCACAAAGGCGUUAAAGCCAGUUACCACACUGACAUCAACCAGCUGUACUGGAGUGACGAGGAAGUGACGGUCAGUAUGUCUGAGGUCCUCGGUCGCUGCCAGGUGGAGUACGGAGAAGAUCUGAACGAGUCGGUUCAGGAGUAUUCCAGCGGCGGUCCUGACAGGUUCUACUUCAUGGAGGCUUAUAAUGCGAAGAUGAAAAGCUUCGAAGAUCCUCCAAAUCACGCUCGCUCUGCCGUCCAUAAAGGCAAAGGGAAGGGCAAAGGGAAAGGGAAGGGCAAAGGGAAGUCAUCAGCACCACAGGAAACUCCAGAGACACAGAGCGAACCACAGACGCUCGAGGUGCCAAAGUACCGCACCCUGGACGUGUUUUCUGGCUGUGGCGGACUCUCUGAAGGCUUCCACCAGGCCGGCAUCUCUGAGACCAAUUGGGCCAUUGAAAUGUGGGAGCCUGCAGCUCAGGCCUUCCGGCUCAACAACCCCGGCACCACUGUGUUCACAGAGGACUGCAACAUCCUUCUGAAGCUGGUCAUGUCCGGAGAGAAGACCAACUCCCUGGGCCAGAAGCUUCCUCAGAAGGGUGACGUGGAGAUGCUGUGUGGAGGGCCACCCUGCCAAGGUUUCAGCGGGAUGAACCGCUUCAACUCGCGGACUUACUCCAAGUUCAAGAACUCGCUGGUGGUCUCCUACCUCAGUUACUGCGAUUACUACAGGCCCAAGUUCUUCCUGCUUGAGAACGUGAGGAACUUUGUGUCCUUCAAAAGCUCCAUGGUCCUGAAGCUGACACUGCGCUGUCUGGUUAGAAUGGGCUAUCAGUGCACAUUUGGGGUUCUGCAGGCGGGUCAGUACGGCGUGGCCCAAACCCGCCGCAGGGCCAUCAUUCUGGCCGCGGCUCCUGGUGAGAAGCUCCCACGUUAUCCUGAGCCACUGCACGUCUUUGCUCCCAGAGCCUGCUCUCUGAAUGUGGUGGUGGACGACAAGAAAUACGUCAGCAACGUCACUCGUGGCAACGGUGGCAUCUACAGAACCAUCACGGUCAGAGACACCAUGUCGGACCUACCAGAGAUCCGAAACGGCGCAGCUGCACUGGAGAUCUCGUACAAUGGCGAGCCUCAAUCUUGGUUCCAGAGGCAGAUCCGAGGGACACAAUACCAGCCCAUUCUCAGGGAUCACAUCUGCAAGGACAUGUCUGCGCUGGUGGAGGGUCGCAUGCGUCACAUCCCUCUGGCCCCCGGCUCCGACUGGAGGGACCUUCCCAACAUCGAGGUCCGGUUGAAGGACGGAACCAUGACCAAGAAGCUGCGCUACACACACUCGGACAAGAAGAACGGGCGCAGUAGCACGGGGGCGCUGCGGGGAGUGUGCACGUGUGCGGGAGGUAAACCAUGUGACCCAGCUGACAGACAGUUCAACACUCUGAUCCCCUGGUGCCUCCCUCACACUGGAAACCGCCACAAUCACUGGGCCGGCCUGUACGGCAGGCUGGAGUGGGACGGAUUCUUCAGCACCACAGUCACUAACCCUGAACCCAUGGGCAAGCAGGGUCGUGUCUUGCAUCCCGAGCAGCACCGAGUGGUCAGCGUGAGGGAGUGCGCUCGCUCUCAGGGAUUCCCGGAUACCUACCGCUUCUUUGGGAACAUCCUGGACAAGCACAGACAGGUGGGCAACGCCGUGCCGCCUCCUCUGUCCAGAGCCAUCGGCCUGGAGAUCAAGAAGUGUGUCACAGAUCGAAUGAAGGAGGAGCAGCAAGUGUCAGAGGGCAUCAAACAGGAGAAGAUGGAAGUCUCUGAUUAGAAUGUUAUGAAUCUGAUGCUGAACUUUCAGCCAAGUGUUCAUGUUGACUCAUUCCAUGAGUUUUAAUGAUUUUAACAUUCAUUUUAUGAGCUUUGUAUGUAGUUUUUAUAUGUAAUAUUUCAAAUAAAGACGUUCUUUGUUUAUUUACUAAUUUGUUUGUCACUACCUGGACAGUCACUGAAUAGCACCAUCUAGUGUACAAUUUGUAUACUGUAAAGUUUUCCAUUAAACCAUUUUAA